UUUUGGAAGAAUAACAGUCUUGUUUUUUUUCUCCUCAGAACAAUGCCUUAUUACCAAACCUGGGAGGAGUUCGCCCGUGCAGCAGAAAAACUGUAUCUGACAGAUCCCAUGAAGGUUAGGGUGGUGCUCAAGUACAGACACUGCGACGGUAACCUGUGUAUUAAGGUGACCGACAAUGCCGUGUGUAUACAGUACAAGACAGACCAGGCCCAGGAUGUGAAGAAGGUCGAGAAGCUCCAUGGAAAACUGAUGAGACUGAUGGUGUCUAAGGAGACGCACAGUGGCGCCAUGGAGACAGACUAAAAUGCUCUAGAAACACUGACCUUCUAGUGCAGUGGGACUGAGUUCACUGGACACAGUGGUUGUUGAGAGCACAGUACUUUCGGAGUGCAAGGUGACGUCUGAGAGAUGGGGGUGAUGACAUUAAUCUGCCCACCCACACUGCUUGAAUACCAUCAGAGAUGUGAUCUGUGUACUGUAUAUAUCUUAUUCUCUCAGGAUUUUGUUUUUUAUUAUACUUUAAGUCAUUAACGAUUCCAUGAUCCUGCUUUCAAUGUCAGGCAUUUUGAUCACAUCUCAGAUGGUAUUAAUAUGAAGUAAGGUAGGCUGUUUGGGCAUAUUAGGAAAUGUAAAAAUGGGAAAAUGAGAUGGGUUGGGAGAUAUGGGACAAAAUGUACAAAAAGGACAGAUCCUCUGGUGCUGUAGAAGCAGCUUUGGCACCUUUGGUUUCUUUAGAGGUGUUUGCAUUUUUUGUCACUUUUGAAGAGGAUGUAAAGGAUGGGCACUGAAAGCCACCGUGUGUCUGUUCUAUUUACGUCUAUGUUGCUACGUUGGAUUCAAUUUCAGCACAGCUGUUUCAUUUUGUUUUUUCCCAUGGACCUGUACCACAUGAAUGAAGUAGGACCUUUUUGAUUUUCCAAUAACGGUGUGGACUCAUGCACCUCGAAAUGCCAUUUCAUAUAUUGAGAAUUAUAUGUGAUUAAAAAUGUUUAUUUACCCCAUGA